GGUUAUGUCAUCGAUUAAUUUAGUUACCGAAAUUUUGACGUUACUGUCAUUUGUGUCAUUCUUUCUUCUCAACAAAAUUUGAAACUGAAACAACAUGCAGGGUGAUACAAAUGACACAAAAACAUCCACGCAAGGAGAUGGCGACAACAAACCAGAAAAUGAUGGGAUGCCUGAUAUCCUAAUAGAUCCACCAUUAAAUACCAGCGGUGGCGAACCCCAUAAGGAAGGUUUUCACAAGUUGGAAAAAUUCAUAUCACGAUUGUGCAUCGGUAAAGGUGUAAUACAAGAACCAUGGCCUAAAGACGCCAAGCUGUAUCAGCAGAUUGAAGAUAAACAGAUCAUACUACCGGAUAAAGCCAAUUGUUUAGCGGUGAAAACUUUUCUGAAGAUGUGUAACCUUGAAUUCGACGUAGAACAGAGACCCAACGCUGAGCACAUGUCGCCCUCUAGAAAAGUGCCUUUCCUUAAAGCUGGCCCUUUUGUAGUUUCAGAAUUAGAAGGGAUUGCAGCUUUUGUAAAUAAUAAAGGCAUUACUUUGACAGAGAAGUUAGAUGCGGAUAUGAAGUCAGAUAUGAAGGCAUACAUGUCUUUAGUAAGUAAUGUAAUUGAAACUGCUGAGCUGUAUAUUUGUUGGAUGGAUAAUGAGAUUUAUAAUGAAGUGACUAGUGUAAGAAAUGGCUCCAUUUAUCCAUGGCCUUUGAAUCACAUUCAGAAUCGGGCGAAACGAGGCCAGGUAAUACAAAAACUAAAAGUUUUACGUUGGCACACAAAGACGAUGCAGGAAGUUAUUCAAGAUGUAGAAAAUUGUUGUCAAGCAUUAAGUGAUCGACUGGAAGGUGAAGAAUAUUUUUUCGGCACCACCCCUACUGAAUUAGAUGCUUUGAUUUUUGGACAUUUGUUUACCAUCCUUACUACACAAUUACCUAAAGACGACCUGGCAAACACAAUUAAGAAAUACCCUUUAUUGCUCAAGUUGGUUGAGAAUAUUGAGAAACUGUAUUUAUAAUGAUUAUAUUUAAUUAACUUUUUAGUAGAAGAAAGAGAUAAAUAAAUAUUUAUUAAAUGCG